AUGGGUGGAGAAACAUUCAAUGUUGAGAUUGUUCAAAGAGAAAGAAUCAAACCUUCUUCUCCAACUCCUCAAGAUCUAAGAAUUCAUGAGCUCUCUAUCCUGGAUCAGCUCGCCUUGGUGAUCUACAUCCCUAUAAUUCUCUUCUAUCCCCGUCGUACCAUCGAUGAUAAGCGCCAUCACUACUCUAAUUGCGUAAAUAAUAAUAUUGAUAUGAUUAUUUACAGUCUGAAGAGCUCCUUAUCAAAAACCCUAACUCUCUUCUACCCGCUUGCGGGAAGAAUCAAGCAAGAUUACACCGUCGUGGAAUGCAAUGACGAAGGAGCGGAGCUCACCGAGGCCAGAGUGGACCACCCGAUGUCGGAGAUUCUGGAACGGCCAGCUCCUGAUCCAGAAGCACUGAGAAAGCUUCUCGCGGUGGACGUCGAAUCUAAAGAAGCGAGCGAUGGAGCCCUACUACACGUUCAAAUCAACGUGUUCGCGUGCGGCGGGACCGCCAUCGGAGUGAGUCUCUCUCACAAGGUCGCCGACGCUUCCACGCUGAGCAUGUUCAUCAGCACCUGGGCUGCAACGGCGAAACUGAAUCAUAUAGAAGCACUUCCUGAAUUCUCGUCCGCGUCUCUUUUUCCAGCUCGUCAUGGUCAUCAUCAACUCGGGUUGAACAAAGAAUUGGCGAGAGAGAAAUGUUUGAUGAGAAGGUACGUUUUCGACGCCUCAAACAUCGCGAUUCUCAAGGCGAAAUCGGCGAGCUCCUCCGUCGAGAGCCCGACUCGCGUCGAGGUCGUCUCGGCGGUGAUAUGGAAAUGCGCCUUGGGAGUUUCGAGAGCGAAAUUCAGAGGAAAAUAUAGUAGUAGCAGUACUAAUUCAAUAUACGUACAGUUUCGUCAAGACGUGAACAUACGACGGAGGACUUCGCCGCCAUUGCCGGAGAUCUUGGCGGGUAAUCUGGUCGGGUCUUUUUCGGCUAAACAUGAUCUACUGAGAGAUCAUAUUGCUGAUGAUGAUCAUGAUGAUCCUGAUGAUGGUGUUCAAGUAUUGGUUUCAGAACUGAGAAAAGGGAUUGAAGAAAUGAAAGAGGAUUAUAGUAAAGGAAUAAUAUUUGGUUCCGAGAAAAUGUUGAAAGCGUUGAAAGAGAGUAGAAAAUAUGAUCAUGUUGUAAACUGCAGUAGUUGGUGUGGGUUUAAGUUUUAUGAAGCUGAUUUUGGUUGGGGAUUGCCGUUUUGGGUGAGUUUAGCGAGUGUUGCUAUGAAAAACAUUGUCGUUUUGUUGGAUGCUAGAGAUGGUAAAGGAAUAGAAGCAUGGUUGACCUUGGGUGAAGACGACGUCGCUUUGCUUGAGUCCAAUGAGGUGCUACGUGCUUUUGCUACUUUCAAUCCGAGUGUCGUUUCCUGA